GCCGCGUGUGUCCCAGCCGCGGACUUGGGCGCAGGCUCCCGGGUCGCUGCCGCGCACGGGUGUGGCUCCGGGUCGGGCUCCGAGCGUGAGAGAGCCUCUUGCAGAGCAGCCACGGUACUCGGCCUACAGAACUGAAAGAGAACAGUCUUUCCUGGCACAUAAGGAGCGAGAGUUUAUGUCUUUGUCGGAUGGUCACUUGCACAGUGGCGCCGGGGAGUGGGGAAGAGCAGAGAUCUGCAGCACUGAGCCAGAGGGGCGUGCCCUCUGUCCCCACACGCAGUCAGAUGGGCCCCAUGGGCAGGCAGAGCCCCUCGUCCCUGCCGGUCCCCACAGGGGGGUCUUGCCUCCUCCUCCUCUUCUGCCUGCGGUUGGGUGCUUCCUGCCCGCAGAGCUGCCAGUGCCCUGACCACGCUGGGGCUGUGGCCGUCCACUGCAGCGCGAGGGGCCUGCAGGAGAUCCCCAAGGACAUCCCCACCGACGCUGUGCUCCUGAAGCUCGAUGCCAACAAAAUUGCCCGCAUCCCUAACGGAGCUUUCCAGCACCUGAACCAACUGAGAGAGCUGGACUUGUCUCAGAAUGCCAUCGAGACCAUCGGCCCUGCUGCCUUCUCGGGUCUGGCUGGGGGCCUGCGGCUGCUGGACCUGUCUCAUAAUCGCAUCCGGAGGAUUCCGAAGGACGCCCUGGGCAAGCUCAGCGCCAAGAUCCGCCUGUCCCACAACCCGCUGCACUGCGAAUGUGCCCUGCAGGAGGCCCUAUGGGAGCUGAAGCUGGACCCGGACUCGGUGGACGAGAUCGCCUGCCACACCUCGGUGCAGGAGGAAUACGUGGGGAAGCCGCUGAUCCAGGCUCUGGACUCCGGCGUCAGCUUCUGCAGCAUCCACCACAAGACCACGGAUGUGGCCAUGCUGGUCACCAUGUUCGGCUGGUUUGCCAUGGUGAUCACCUAUGUCGUGUACUACGUGCGCCAGAACCAGGAGGACGCCAGGAGGCACUUGGAGUACCUCAAGUCCCUGCCCAGUGCCCCCGUGUCCAAGGACCCCAUCGGCCCUGUGCCCUAGUGCCCGCUGGCUCGAGCAGACCGCAGCCCACCUGUCUCCCGUCACUUUGGUAGCAGGUGGUGGCUGACUCGUGCUUCUGAGACCCCCAGCAAGGUGGGUCAUCACAGCUGUUUCUGCGCAGUGCUUCCCUCUUCAGAGCACUUUCCCGUGUUGCGUUCAGUCACUGCCACUUCCUUCAGGUCAGGUAACGAGGAAACCGGAGCUUAGAGACACGGAGUGACUUGCCCACUGUGACACAGUCAGGAAAGAUCCAGCUGGGACUUAAAACCAGCCCGCCUGUUAACGAUGUUCGGUGGCCCUUCCACUCUGCAGGCCUCUCCUGUGUGGUACCCAGAGGACGUGACAGCGUUCAGAGAAGAAAGAGCUCGUGCCCGCAAGUGUGCGCGUACCCCAACAGCGGUCUAGGGUGCAGAGCGCUCUGUUGAGGGCACAGGUCGUUCCACUGUGCGGAACGGAGUCACCUCGUUUCCCUUAUAUUUCCUGAACACUUUUGACCACGGAACUCUCUCCAGAGGGAAGUGGGAGAGACCAGGUGUUUCGAGGGAGGUACGUGAAAGGCGCAGCUCAAACUUACCUUGGAACAGGUUUGUUUGUUCUCAGAAUGUUUGUGAAGAGGAACACCUGUACCAAAAUUUCGGUCCAGUCAGAGGGAAAGACCCCAAACCCCAAAACCAAAAAACCCUGGAGAGGAACCCGAGAAAGGCCCAGAGUGGACCAUCCCAGGGGCAGUCAGCAAGCACACAACAUGGCCCUGCCCUGCUUCCUGCCUCGCCAUCUGGACCAUGUUGGUGGGCAGGCCGUCACCUUGGAUCACUACUGUGCCUUGUUUUUCCAUCCACUGAGACCUAAAGACCUCUCCAAGGACAGGAGGACUGCUGUUCCAUGUUUCAAGGCCAAUCAGCGGGGUGCUCCCUUUCUCCAGCAACCGGAACUCCUCUCUCUCUCUCUCUCUCUCUCUCUCUCUCUCUCCCUCCCCUCCUCGCUCCCCCUUUUCACCUUUGCUGCCAGGAAUCUCAGAGCUAAUUUAGUGCUCGGUUUUCUUACCCGUAUUAUUUCAUGUUCAGGGUAGACGUUACCUCCACCUAUAUAACUCUGAUCCAUCUUUCCAAUCUUAUUUUUUACUAAAAAACCUUUUUGUA